GCCCCGGCGGCCCCGGCGGCCGCGGCGGUGUCGGCGGUCGAGAAGGCUGAGGACACGUGGGAGUGGAUGUGGGCUGAUUCGGGGACGGCUCUCACGCGGGGCCUCGCUGCCAAGAAUCCGCUUCGUUGGACGGGCGGCACUCGCGACGAGGUUGCGGCGCAGCUCUGGUCUCUCGCGCGCGCGGCGGGGCGAGACGCGAGUCGGCCUGUCGAUCUGCAGCCAAAGGGCAAAGGUUCGCUCGUCAAGCACUUCGCAAGCCCCGCCGCCGCCGCGGACUUCCUCCUCCCGCCGCCGCCGCCGCCGUCAGCCCCGCCGGCUUCUGAUGUGCCGAUGGGUUUGCCGGUCGCGGUGCCUGUUGGCGAGGCCAAGGUCGUGACGGGCAAUGAGAUGGUCGGGCGGCGUGUUCGAGCUGUCAAGCUGACGGGCCGCCCAGAGUUCAAUGGCUGCGUCGGGACGGUCCGGUCAUGGGACCAGUCCCGCGGCCGCUAUCUCGUGCAGCUCGACGCGCACUCGGGCCAAGACGUGACGCUCAAGCGAGAGAACCUCGAGCUGCUCUGAACGUCCUCGGAAGUAGUAGUAGAGGUGUCAGCUGCCAAAAUGAUAAUGAAGAUACGCAGGGUCGUGCGCUCUGUCUGUUACACUGUGACUUUAGUCUUUACCAUGCAGGUGCAGUCUGUGUGGUGUGUGGAUACUGUGGCCUGAAUGUGACAAGGACUCAGGAGAAAGGGUGUCGAGGGUCAGGGUGUCGUCUGUCGA